AUGCAAGGCCCCAAAAUGCAUGGGCUGCUGGGUCUUGCCUUGUCAAGGGCUGCGACCAAUCGCCAUGUGAGGGUGAAUGUCAGCGAGAUCGGCUUGCUGGUCAGCAAGGGCAUCCACAUCCACCUAGCCAAGGGGCCUAUAGAGCACAUAUGGAUCUCGGAAGUGAGCCUGGGGCGCACCAAGUCCGCCACAAAACUUGUGAAGGGCGUGGCAAAGGCGUGGAGCACCUACAAGCCAAGGCUGCCGCUGACAGUGCGGGGGGUGCGCAUCGAGCUCAGAGAGGGGGAGGACCUGCCCCCCUGGGCACUGAGGGCCCCCCACAAAGAGGCCAGGGCGCCCCCCAAGCCUGCAAAGGCGGCCCCGGUGGGGAAUGAGGCUGAGGAGAAGGGCAAGAGCGUGUCCCGGGGGUUAUUCAUUGCCCUGGCCGCCCGUCUGGCGUUUGUCAUGCUGCCGGUGCUGCCCGUGCGCGUCAAGAACGUCUCCUUCGCCCACAAGAGCACGGGCAUUCUGGCAGAGGUAGCGCGGGUGGAGCUGCUCUUUGUGUCAUCCCAGCUGGCCUCCACGCUGCGCAUGGACCUGCACAUCCUGCCGGUGGUGGCCUCGCUCCUCACCGACCGGCCGGCCGGCACCGGCGCCGCCGCGGCCGCGGCUGGGGCCGGCGCACCGUCCUCGGAUGCGCCGGAAGCUGCCUCACGCAUGCCUGUGCUAGAGGUCACUGACCUGAAUGUCUCUGCCACCAUGCAGCUCAUCGGGCAGAGCACGCUGCGGUGCAAGGCGGUGGCGCUGCAGCUGGGGGACAUAGUAGUGAUGGCCUCGCAGGCGCUGCUGGCGGCGGCGGCCGCUCUCAGGGCGGCCCCCAAGAAGCAGAAGCGCGCGCUCAAGCAGCCCCGGCCGCGAUCGUCCUCGCCGCUAGAGGCCCUCCCUGGCGAGGUCACAGCCCUCGCCGCACUCAUGCCAGACCUGGUGGAGGUUGGGCUGAAGCAGUUGGCGUGCCACUUUGUGGGGGCCGGCCCUUCAGAGAGGUCGCUAGAGGCCUUUGCAGAGGCGAGCGCUCUGCAGAUAAAGGGGCGCAAGCCGCUGCCCAAGAAGCCCUCGCGCAAAUCCAGGCAGCAGCCUGACCUUGCCCCCCUCCAGCAGCCCCUCUACAUCAUUGAUGGCAGCACCGGAGCCCUGCAGUGUGGCAUCGGAGUGGUGGGGCAGUUGCCGGCAGCUUCUGUGGCGUGCAAGGGGAUUGAGUCGCAGAUGCGCGUGUGCAAGCCGGCCAGCAAUGGGGGGGAGGCAGCCAGGGGCAGCGCCAGCGUGGACAGGACAGAGUCAGCGGCAAUUUCCUCCGACGGGCAAGAAGCAGCACCCGCCCCGCUGGCUCUGGUGCUGCAGGCGGACGCAGACGUCCACAGCCUGGUGACCAGCUGCUGCGCACAAACGCUGUAUCAGCUGCCGUCAGCCAUGCAGGAGGUGACAAAGGCGCUGCAGCCCGCCAAGGAGGGCACAGCUUCAGAGGGCAUUGGCCGGGCGCCAUCGGGGGCGCUUGUGACGGCGGAUGAGGAGGCUGCGGCUGCAGAGACGGCGGCGGCGACCGCGCUCGGGGUUGCUGGUAUGCAGCGGCAGCCGUCGGCCCGGCCCGGGCAGCUGACGCUACCCGACGGGCAGGGCGCGGGCAGCGACGGCAGCGCGGCGCCGUCGGCCGCGCCCUCGCCGCACGACGCGGCCGAGGAGCAGGCGCGGAGGGAGCGCAGCGAGUCGGGCGGCCUUGCCUGCGGCUCGAGCCCAUCGGUGAGCAGCGCCGCGGAGGCCGCGCGCGCGGCCUGGGCCGCCUCGGCCGGCGGCGGCGCAGCCGCCGCGGCCAUGGCCGAGCGCGCCCGGUGGCGCCCCGCGCGCGCGUCGUCCACCGGCGAGCCCAAACGCACGCUCGGCCUGAAGCUGUCCCCACGCACCUCCAUGGGCAGCACCGCCACCGACCGGCUGCUCGGCCGGCGCGGCCUGGACGUCGUCGGCGGCAGCGAUGACGUGGACGACGAGGAUGGUAGCGGUGGCCGCGCCGUGGCGUUCCUGCUGGAGUGGGAGGCCUGCAUGCGUGUGGACGCUGACAGCCGGCUGCAGCUUGUGGCGCCCGACAGCGCCGUCCUUGUGGCCUGCGGCUUUGACGAGCUGGGGAUCAGCGGAAAGUCUGUCACGGCGCUGCGGCUCGGCGGCACCGAUCGGGGCCGGCGGCCCUCGCAGGAGGCCGCAGGAAUGCAGCGGAGAGGCUCUGCUGCGCUCCAAGAGGAGGAUGAGCAGCAGGAGACUGGCCGGCCCGGCCUCUUCACUGCCGAAUUCUCUGUGCAGAACAUAUGCUUGGGCGUCCGGCCAGCAGCAGCCAAGGGCGGGGACGAGGGCGCUCCAAAGUUUGACAGCAUGGCGAGCCUGCUGUCAGCCAGCAGCUUCUACGCGGGAGUGCAGCCGACUGAAAGUGAACUCAUGCCCUCUGCCGAGCACAACGGGCCCUUCCUCCUCGAAGCCGAAGUGCGCACGAGCGCAUUUUCAGUGGCGGCCGACGCGCAGCUUCUCCGCUCGGUGGCUGAGGUGGCGGCAGGCCUGGCACCCCCGGCCGGCUUCCUCCCGCCGCAGAAACGCGCCAGGCAGCCGCGCGCGAAGAACGGCCGGCGCAGCACGCCAAAGCCGGCCAAGCCGGAAAAGAGCGCGGCGAAAAUCAGUGUUGUUACGGCGAUCAUGGCCUUUGAGGACAUCAGCAUCGCGUACGCGACGCGGGUCGAGGUGCCGCCCGCGUUCCGUAAGAAAAGCGCAAGGGGCGCGGAGCGGUGCGAGCUGCGCUUUGGGGUCGGCCGGCUGGCGGCCGCCGCGCGGCCUGCCGCCCAGCGUGCUGACCUGGAAAUUGCCGACGUCACAUUGACAUACCUUGAAUUCAAAGAGUCAGGUUCAGCAGGCAGUCAUCAGCAGGGAGUGCUCGAGGCGGAGCGCACCGCAUCACUGCUGGUCAUCCAGGAGAUGCUGGCAACAGCGCAGCUCCUCCCGGAAGUCGGAACACCCGCCUCCCAUGAGCAGGAAGCUCAGAAGAAGCAGGGCGCAGAAGCUGCCGCGCUCGAGGCAGACCAGGACGCCAGGAGAGGCCCUUCGCGCUCCGCUUCAGACGCAGCAGCUGCGCUAAUUAUGUCGCAGCAGGCAGAAGUGAAGCCGUCAGAGGGGCGCCAGGAGACAAGCGCCAAGGCGGCAGCCGGCCGUCCGCGCGGCGCAGCCGUCAAGAGGCUGAAAGUGGGCGUGGAGCUGGAGGGCCUGCAUGCGAACUUCAAUGCCGAGGCCGUCUUUGCUGCGUGCCAGAUCGCCGUAGACGCGAAGGCCGUGCAGGGCAUGCUUGCUGCGCCGGCAGAUGCGGCCCUGGCGUCUCCGGCUUCUGCGGAGCUGCCUCCUGUCUUGGAGCGCAGCGAGCCGCCGAGCCCGGCCGCCGCGACGCCGGCCGCAAAGUGGAAGGCGACCGUCGCUGCGGCCACCGGCAAGGGCGCGGCGGCCGCCAAGGCUAGCCCGAGGGCUCCCGUGAAGAAGGUCCCCGCGCCGAAGCUGGACCUGCAGCUAGCUGCGCGGCUGGGCGAUUUGCGCGGCGACAUGUGGCUGUCGGACGAUGUCUGCUGGGGCGUCCACAUCGGCGCCGUCACCGCCGCGUACGCGCCGCGAUGCGCGGUUGUCGAGCGUGUCACGCUGACGCUCAACAAUGCGCCGCUGAUGCACCUGGCGGCGGCGGUAGCUACCGUGCAGCUGCCGGGGAAGCUGGAGCCGGCCGCGCCGGCCGCGGACCCCUGGGCGGCCUUCGGCGGCGCCGAGGCCGGGGACGCGGCAGACCUAGGCCGCGUGCUUACCGGCGGCAGCCUCGUGGCGGCUUCCCCGCUCGCGGAAGCUGCCGCGGAUGAGCACGCCGCGCUCGAGACAGUGUCGCAUGUUGGCUCGCAGGUCACCGACCUGACGCUGGACGACGGGGAUCGGACGCUGUCGCGCCAGACGACGGCCAUGUCGGCGCGGUGGCAGGACAUUGCAGAGAUGGGGUCGGGCUCGGAGGUGGGCGAUGCCACGCCGAUGAAGCGGGCGGAGCCGGGGCCGGUGCUGACCGGGCCGCUGCCCCAGCGGCCAUUCGGGCAAGGGCUUGAGCGGCUGCCUGCCGCCUACCGCAGAGCCGGGCUCACGGCGUGGGCAGGCGACCUGGCAACACAGGCCCCUGGAGCUGAGGCUGCCAAGCAGAAGACCACAGGCAAGGCAGAGCAGGUCCCUGCGCCGCCGCUGGCAAUCAUUGAGGCGUGGCUGUCGGAUGCCAGCGUCACACUGCCAUUUGACAGAGACCCCGGCACCGCCGAGCGCUUCACCGAGCUCUGGGCCAAAGCUUUCAAGGAGGCCCUGGCGCCGCAUCUGGAGGCGCUGCGGUCAACAAAGGAGGCAAAGCCGGCCAAGUUGGAGGGGGAAACAGGCAAAGGCGAGCGUGCCCUGGUGGAGGCCAGGCUGUACCUAACAGGCGCUGUCUUCAAGAUGGACCACCACCCCAUGGAGGCGUGGCUGGCGGUGCACGGCCCGCUGCUGCGGGGAGCGGCGGCGCGGUCGUCGCUUUGGAGCCGGGUCGUGUCGGCCGCCGCGCCCGACGUGGCCGGCCGCGCGCUGAAAGAGGGAACGCCCGCCGAGCUCAUCUGCGAGCAGGCCGCGCAGUCCUACCGCUCCGCCGCCCAACAGGUGGAGAGUGAGGAUCUGCGGACAACAGACGGGGCCGCCCUGAUGCGCGUGACGGCUACGACGGCCGAGGCGCUGUUCGUUGUGUACGGCCACGGGCCGGCCAGCGAGCGCGCCACGCUGUCCCACAUUGUCGCCGUGGACCCGCCCUCCGCCAAUGUCCAGCUGAAAGAGGUGAGCAUGAUAGCGGUGGACGCGGCCCUGGGCCCCAUUACGGUGAUGUUCUCGGGCGCGCUGGAGCCGAUCGCGGCGGCUGGCGCAACGACGGUUUUUGGCCGGCUGGCCGUGGCGCGCCAGGUCACUGCGCCCCCCGCUCUCUACACCCGCCAGCUGCCCGUCGGCCGACUGCGCUCCGUCGAGAUCGCGGUGGCGAUAAAGGGUAGCCGAGCGAUGGUAAAGGUGUACACUGAUCUGCAAGUUGCAGUGGAGGACGUCCAGUCCUGGUACAGCGUAGGCCUGGAGCCCACCAUCGGCCUGCUGUCGCAGGCGGGCAAGCGGAUGAGCCCGUCGGACCCGGACAAGACGCGGCUGCCGAGCGCGAGCCUGCCCUUCUGGGACCUCAUGCGCUUCGUCUGGCGCGGCCGCAUCGGCCUCACCGCACGGCGGUUUGAGUUUGUGAUGGGCAAGACGGCGCGGCCGGACGUCAGCGCAGCUUCGGAGCGCAUGCAGGUUUGCGCUGACUACGCGCGCGUGCGGCUGGCGUUCGGCGGCGUGCUGGAGGCAGCCCUCAGCGGCGUCACCUCCACCGCCUACAGGGCUGCGGGGCUGGAUCAGGCGGCGGGUACGUUGCUGGCGCUGCCGCUGGUGGACUUCCCGGCCGGCUACGUGCGCGCGGCGCUGCAGUGGGAGCUCUGCCGCGGCCGCCACGCCGACGACCACCACCUGCACCCGGCCACUCCCCCGGAUGGGGAUGCGAGGCAGCGGCCAAUCGACAUGGUGUCCGAGUACAAGUGCGUGGCGCUCAACGUGGACAUGGAAGCCACCGUUGGCGACCGGCCAACAGUGGAUGCUCUGAUCGCCGCGAGCAGUGUCGAUGAGGGCGCUAGAGAGGAGGAUGCGUGGGCCGCCGCUGCGCCCGCGGCCGAGCCGCCAAGGGGCGCAAAAUUAGGGUCUCCAGGGGUUGAUGAAGUUGAUGGGGACGAUGCUGGGUCGGAGACGGGGUCAAUUCGCGGCAGUGCGGGCGGCUGUGGCAACGGCGUGGCGUUCUUCAAGUCGCUGAUAGAGCUGACUAAGACCCCCCUGCCGUGGCUGCGCAUGGUGAACAAGCGUGGCACCUUCUUCCUGCCCCUGGACCCCCGCAGACCCCCGUCCACCUCCCUCCCCAAACUCCUCAAAAAGUUUGCGAUAAGUGUGACGGCGGCGCCGCUGAGCGUGGUGCACCACACGGUGGACCUGGACAAUGCGAGCUGCGGGCUGACGCUGAGCUGCGGCAGCGCGCGCUACGGCGGCCGCGUGCUCAUGAACCAGCCCACCCCCGGCUCCGUGAAACCCGGCAUGUCAUCCAUCGCCCGCAAGCGGGAGGCGAGCAGGACAACAACGACAACUCUGCUGACUGACGUGGCUGCGGAGGGCGUCACGUUCCACUGGGGCACUGCCUCCGCCUGGCGCGCGCCCGACAAUGGCACCGGGGUGCAGGACGAGCAGGACAAGCUGCUGACGCUGCUGGACGCGAGCGCGACUCUGGCAUCGGCCGCCGGCGCGGCGGCGAAGAUUGGCGACGACACCGGCGUGGCCGGCUUGCGCGGCGGCCCGGGGGGCGUUCGCCGCGUGGCGGCCGCAACCGCGCGCCCCGAGCACUUCAUCCUUUCCAUCGCCGCCUGCAAGGUGCACGAGGAGCGGCCGGACCCCCGGCGCGCCACCGCCACCCUUGAUCAGCAGCGGCCGCUGAAGGUGACGGCACAGGACUGUCGGGUGGUGGUAGACGUGGAGGCGCGCAACGCAGUCACGGCUAUGGUGCUGCACCUGGUCUCGGCCUUCAAGAUGCCGGCCAAGCCGCGGCCGCCGGCCGAGCCGCCGCGCGCCGCGCCCCACCUCGCCGACCUACCCGCCAAGCUACGCCCGACCUCCGGCGGCGACUUCGGCCGCCGCCGCGCCGCCAUGCUGUCCCUCGCACCGUCAGCGUCCCUCGAGGCUGGGGGAAAUCUCCUGCGCACUCUGUUGCAGCAGCAAAAGGUGCCGGGGGCGCCCGGGGGUCAGAUAUCGAGCGUGGCGGAGAGCGCGAAUGAGGGUGAGGAUGAGGAUGCCAACGCCCCUGCAGACCUGGCCUCCAUCGCCAGCCACAGCCGACGCGUCACCGACGACUCCGCCACCAGCCGCACAGGUGAGGAGGAUACGGGUGGAGAGGGUGACAUGGCGGAGCGAGCCACGCGGCUGUCGGACUCCGGGGGCUCGCGCGAUAUGGAGGACGGGGGCGACGAAGCGAGCGACGAAGCCAUGCGCGCCAUGCUUGGCGCCCAGGAAUACAACGAGGAGAUCCGGGAGCGCUCGCGGCGGGAGGAGGCGGCGGAGCUGCGGCAGGGGGUGGUCAAGUGGGAGGUGGAGGUUUCGCUGCUGCAGAUUAAUCUCUGCUCCGAGCGCGCCGCCGGCAGCUUUCUCCUGGCCGCCCAGCGCGCCCAGAUCGGCGGCCGCGUCCUGUCCCUCUCCAAUCGCAACGAGGUGCAGGGGCACAUAGCGCAGGCGGACAUCGACCCGGGGGCGGCCACGCCGUGGCUGCGCGUGCGAGAGGGCGUCCUCUGCCCGACCCCCGGCGCCGGCGUGGCGCUCAAGCGCGUUUUCAAUCCCUUCGACUGGCAACUGCGCCAUUACCGCACCGCCGGCCCCGCCGCCUCACAGGCGGCCGUGCGGCUGCGCGUGCCGGAGAUCAGCGUUGCCAUGGACGCCAAGGAGUUUGAGAUCCUGCAGGACGUCGCCGCCCACCUGGCCGGGGAGCAGAUGCCUGCGGUGGAAGGUAUCGGCACGGACGCGGCUCUGCUGUACGAGGCAGAGAGCGAAGAGGUGGUGGUCGCCCGUGACACAUUCGCGUCCGUGCGGCAGUACGUCAUCUCCCUGCAGGAAGAGACACUGGCGGUGGCGAGCGGUGGCCGGCCGGGUGUGACGCGCAGCCGCAGCCUUUGCAGAAUCCGGUCACCGCUGCGGGCAUCAUCCAACCUGUCGCGCAUGUCCACUGGCCUCUCCCAGCAGGGCGGCGAGGGUCCGCAGUGGCUGGACAGCAUGGGCCAGGCGCUCAAGGAUUAUCUGGACGACCUGCGCUCCGGCGCCGCGGAGGAGCACCAGGCUCAGGCGGUGGCGCUGCGAUGGAGUGGUGAGCAGAUGGAGGGCGCGCGUCAGGCGUUGUCAGCCGCCCGCUCGGCCCUGCAGGCCCUCAAGGCUGUCGAGAAGAAGCGCCAGCAGAAGCUGGAGAGGGCCAGCCGGCUGGCGCUGGAGUUUGACGGGGUGUCGUGGGCGCUGUGCCACGGGCGCACCCCCUUCAUCGAGAUGUCACUCUCCGGCAUCUCCCUCGUCAACCUGCGCAACCGCGACCAGUCCGGCAACAGCAAGCUGGUGAUCCACAGCGCGACGGUGCGCGACGCAACCGGCUCGCUAGCGGCGGCCCCCGGCACCGACGCCGGCGCGGUCCUGACGCUGUGGAAUCCGGACGAGAGCUGGUCGCGUGACGCGCUGCUGCGGGUGAACGCUGUGCUCGGGCCGGCCACGCGCACGCACACCAUCUACGAGCACAUUGAGCUUGUGGUUCACCCUCUCGGCGUCCACCUCAACGAAGCCAUCGCAUCCUCGUUCUGGGAGUACUUCUUUCCCAAGCGCGAGGAGAGGGAGGAGGGCACGGCCGGAACCAAGAGGCAGCAGACCUGGGUACGCAGCGUGGACGCCAAGCUCAAGUCGCGCAAGAGCGCGCAGGGCGCAGGGUUUGCCUCUGCAGACGGGGCCGCCGCUGCCGCUGACCUGGCGCCGCCUGAUCUGGCGGCUGUGCGCCUCGGCCGGCCGGACAUCGGCGGGUCCAAAUCCGCCGUCACCACGCCCCACGUUCCCUCUGCAUCAGGGUCGGGCCGGCCGUUCUCUGCCUCGGAGGUGCACCGGCGCGGCCCCCACUGGGACGGCAGCUCCGCUGCAGAAAUGCUCAAGCAGAGCCACAAGGCGCUGGCGUUGCGGCGGCUGUCGGAGCGGCCAGGCGCGGAGGCGGCCGCGGCGGAGGACGGCGACGAAGAAGCCGUGCUGGCGCUUGCUGCCGAGCACAAGGCUGCUCUGGCCGCUCAACGCAAGGAUGCUGUGGAAGGCCGCAAGGCGCUCUUCGUGCACGUUCGCCUCAACCGCGUGCACUGCCGCGUCACUUACCAGGGGUACCCGGUGAACAUAAAGGAUCUGAAGGUGCUGCUGGACAAGCGAGUGUACCGCGACCUGGAGGGGCAGUGGCGCGACCUCUUCAACCGUCUCAAGUGGGACACCGUCAAAUCCGCCCUCAAAUCCGUUGCCGGCCUCCAGGGCCGCAAGUUCAAGGAGCUGAUGCCGACCAAGGAGGCGGAAGACAGCGAUGGGGCGACGCGCGCAGGCACGGGCCAGCUCAAGUCGUGGCUGGGCGGCCUCGGCAAGAAGGCCAAGGACCCCGACACCCUCAAGGCAAAGCUGCGGGAGAGGGAGCAGCAGAGGAAGGAGCGGCUGCUGCUGGGCAAGACGCCCACCUCCGGCGGCUUGCUGCGCGGCCUCUCGACCACGUCGAUGCAGCCGGCGGCGGCGGCUGCCGCGGCGUCGAUCGACGACAUCGGCGUCUUGCGCAGCAACGACAAGCUCCUGGCCGGGCUCUUCCAGCCGCAGCGCUCCGAGUCCGCCACCGCCGGCCGCUCAGCCGCCAUGAUCAGCCCCAGGGGGGAGGGUGACCGCUCCGGGCGCCCGCCAACGGGGAUGGUGCGGCCGCUGGGCAGCGCGAGCAGCGCUGAGCUGGCAUCGCACCUCAUCAGCCCGCGCACUCUCUCCGGCAGCCCCCUGCCCCUCGCCAGCUCCAUGGCCAGCGCUGCCAGCAGCAGCAUGAGGAGCAGCCCCAGCAGUGAUCUGGGCAGCUCCUUGGAGCCGCCGGCCUCCCCCUUCCAGCAGCCGCAGCGCUCCAGCAUUGGCGCUGAUCGGCUGCAGGCGCUGCUUGGUCCCAUCUCCUCGGACGGACCCCCCGUUCCCCCCAGCGGCUUCAGCACCGCCCUCAGGACCCCCCACUCUGGCAGCAGCAUCUCCAGUGCGCGCAGUGCCAGCGGCGCCAUGGGCAGCCAGGACCUGAGUGAUCUGGACCUCCCCCCCAACAGCACCCCUCUGCCCUCGCAGUCCUCCCUCAAGGCCAAACCGGCAUUGAGGAACAGGCGAGACACCGAUCCGGGGCACGCGGGAAAGUCGGUGCGCUUCGGGGACGCUGCAUCUGACGGCAGCCGCCGAACGAGCGAGACCGGGGACGCGGUCGACCCCACGCAGCCGUCCUUUAGCAGCGCUGGCAGCGUAGAGUUCGAGAACGCCCAGGAGCUCAAGGUGGGCAGCAAGACGCUGGGCAACAUGCUGAGCAGCGGACGCUACGAGGUGGUUGCCAUGGAAGACGUGCGCGCCUCCCUGCGCAGCCCCCGCAUCUCCGCGCCGGCCGCCCUGCCGACCGCCCCGCCGGCCAUGCUGGGCCAGUCGCCAGCCGCCUCCGAGCAAUUCCCGAGCUCGCGCACCUGGCCGCCGGACGGGGGGCGCUCCCCUCGGCCCGACCAGCCGGCGUGCCCCGCGACGGCAGAGUCCGCCGGUGCCGGGGAUCCCCCAGCGGCUGCCGUGCCGGCGGAGCCGGCCGAGCGCAGCUCCGGCGAUCCACGCAGCGCCUUUGCGGACUCCGCGACGACGCCCGCACCGGCGACGCCGGUGCAGGUGUCGCCGCGCGGCCCGUACCCGCAGAUCGAGACCAACGUCACGCGCUCUGGACGGCUGUUGGCCGAUGAUCAACUGGAAAACUCAAAAGCCGGCUCAACCGAGCUCAUCAUCGCGCAGAUGCAGAGCGACGCUGCGGCCGCCCGGCAGCACAGGCGCGCGAUUUCUGGGCAAGGGCCGUGGCCCUGCUCCGCGGCCGGCAACGGUGAUAGCGACCAAGACCGCGUCCCGAUCGCCUCGGCUGUUAUUGCGCCUACGAGCGUCACGCCGCUGCCGAGCCCCUUCAGCCUGGAGGGCGGAAGCCAGCUGCUGGGGCAGGACUCUCCUGCGUCGUACGACGGUGACAAAGCGGAUGCCGAGGCGGACGCGGAUGCUGCAGCACCCCUGCCGCUCGGAGACACGUCGCCGGCUCCGCUCAUCGACAUGCCGAGCGCCUCCAAGCGAACCUCCUACGACAGGCAGGACCCCCCAAACAUUUGUCUCCUGAGCAGCUCGGGCGGCUGGGCGCCGGGCAUGUCGGCUGCGCAUCUGCUCAUAGCGGCGGCCGGUGGGCUGCCAGAGGCGGGCGAAGGUGCGCUGCAGCCGCGCGCCAGCUACACGCCCUCUCCGGAGCGCAGCAGCUUCGGCGAAGCUUCCCCGGCGCGGCGGCCGUCUCAGGAUGCGCCCGCCUCCGUGUGGGCCUCUCCUGAGGAGCAGCGGCGGCUGUCAGGGCAACAAGAGCCGCCACUGAGGAGCCAGGGGUCGGCGGGGCAUGGAGAAAGUGCACGGAGGAGCUCGGCAUCGCAAGUGCAGAGCGGCAGUGAGGAUGAGGGCGAGGUGGGCCUGCGGCUGGAGGACCUUCUCUCCGGAGGCAGCAUUGUCGACCUGGAAGAUGACGAGGAUGAGGAGGUGUCAAGCUCACUGGAGGGGUCACAGGCGUCCGGUGGCAGGCGAGCCUGGGCUGGACCCCCCUCUGCCAUGGAGGGGCUCUCCAUGGCCGGCUUCAAGGCCUCCGCCAACAAGACCUCCAAGCAGGCGUCUGACCUGUUCAACAAGGCAGGGACCAUGCUGAAGAAGGAUCUUGGCAAGGCGGGCAGCUUGCUGAAGAAAGACCUUGGAAAGGCAAGCAACGCAUUUGGAUUCAAUUGGCGGGCAGAAUAG